GUCGAGCGCUGUGCGGUCAUGUAGAUGUGUUGUGUGAUGCUUGUACAUCUGUUUGUUACGAACUAAUUCGAACUUUGUGAUGUGGGACUGUUAUUUGGAAUUAUAGGUGGCCGCCGGGUCCUUAAGCGAGCGAAGCUAAAAGUGUACUGAAUAAUUCAACAGAAUAUAUACAUAUACUUGGACCGAACAAUCUCGAUCUUAUAACCCGUCGCCAAAUGAUGAUCCACUAUUAAUAAUACGACAUAUUUCAUAAAAAUACUCAUUGGACAAAUUAGUGCUUAUAAGUUUUGCAAAUGAGGUGUUACGACGUGACUUGAGUUAAUUAAAACCCGAAAAAUGUUGAUACUAUUAAAAGUGAACAAAAUCAAUUCAUAUAAUUCAAAGUCAUGUUGCAUACAAUAAUGAAUGAAGUUGAUAAAAACUUGUGACAAAUUAACCUAAUUUUUUCAAUUCAUUUGUAUAGAAUACAAGUCAUUAAUAAAGAAUGUAAAUUGAAUUGCCAAAGUCAAAUUAUUAUUGCGAAAAGGAUGGUGUAGGAAAAGACAAUAUGUUUUUUAGUAAUAUUUUCGUGGUUUUGGUGUCGGCUGCCCUUGUUUUGGGUACUGGAGAAUGGACCGAAGAUGCGGAGGACUUAGUAUCAACAAUGGACGUUGACGCAGUGCUCGGUCGAACGGCGUCGCUGCCUUGUGAUGUCACGCCGGAUGCUAAUGAGGACCGAGUAUAUAUGGUGUUGUGGUUUCGAAAGAGUGGGGGGAAACCCAUUUACAGCUUUGACGUACGGGGGCGUUCUUUCAACAAAGCACUACAGUGGUCAGACCCAGGGGCGUUCGGACCGAGGGCAUACUUCGCUACCUUAACAAGACCUGCUUCCCUGACUCUUACUUCAGUACAAUUAGAUGACGAGGGCGUGUACAGGUGUAGAGUGGAUUUCAAGAAUUCGCCAACUAGAAAUUUCCAGAUAAAACUCACAGUUAUUGUGCCACCUCAUCAAAUGCUGCUCUACGAUAAGUCUGGUGCAGAUGUGUCAGGGAUUAUAGGACCCCUGGAAGAGGGAUCUACUUUAGUAUUAGUUUGUGAAGUUCGUGGAGGACGUCCGGAGCCAGUUGUGACGUGGCUUGUUAAUGGAAAGCCAAUGCCAAGAUAUAUCGGUGUUAAGACAGACACGCAUGUGAUCGUCAAUCGCCUAGAACUUCAACACCUGAAGAGAGAAGAUCUCAACACUACAUUCAAAUGUCGAGCAUCGAAUACACACCUAGUACCACCACAAGAAAAAGUUGUCAGGCUGGAAUUAAACCUACCUCCGCUUUCAUUGGCUUUAUUAAACCGCCCGCAGCAGUUAUUGGCCGGUUCUGCCGCAACAUUGAUAUGUGUAUCAGAGGGAAGUAGACCACCAGCGAUAAUAACCUGGUAUAAAGACAACAGAAGCUUCGAGACAGAAAAGGUUAACGAUCGAAGGAAUGAAACGUGGUCUGUUAGUACUCUGGUGUUUCACCCAACGCCGAAUGAUAAUGGAGUUAUAGUGAAAUGUGUUGCGACCAAUUCGAGACUUCCUGUUAACACUAUCGAAGAUCAAUUCAAGUUGAAUGUCGUAUACAGUCCGUUGGUGAUAUUGACUUUAGGCAGCACCCUCAACCCUCACGACAUUAAGGAAGGUGAUGAUGUCUACUUUGAGUGCAAUGUGAGAGCAAAUCCCAAAGAACAUCGGAUAUCGUGGUUUCACAAUGACAGACCAGUUCUACAAAAUAUGACCUCCGGAAUAAUAUUAAGCACCCGUUCAUUGGUACUGCAGAAGGUGACUCGACAAGAAACUGGUCGGUAUUCCUGCAAAGCAUCUAAUUCUCGAGGAGAGUCUUCAAGCGAAAGUGUACGCCUCAGGGUUCAAUAUGCACCAGUGUGUGGAUUUUCAUCACCUCAAGUUGUCGGUGCUGCUCUAGAUGAGUCACUCCACGUCCGGUGUGCUGUUCAUGCUGACCCCACCGACGUCACAUUCUUGUGGCAAUUCAACAACAGUGGUGAAAGUUUCAACGUCUCUCCUGCUAGAUAUGAUACAGUGAAUGGCAGCACAAGUGAACUGCGUUAUACUCCGGCGAGUGAGAGGGACUAUGGCGCCUUAACUUGCAGAGGAACCAACACAGUUGGUCGUCAAGAACAGCCUUGCGUGUUUCAAAUUGUACCCGCUGCCCGACCCGCGCCACCAAGAAAUUGUUCUAUACUAAUUGGCAACGCUUCUAAUUGGAUUGAUGAUACGAGGCAGGAUGAUAGCGAUCUCGUUGUGAAGUGCACCACAGGAUAUGACGGAGGAUUACCGCAACUGUUAGUUUUAGAAGCUUUGGACUCCGUCAGUGGUAUUACGAGAUUUAAUGUUACUGCUAAUGAAACCAAUGGCGUGGCCAUUUUCUUAAUACCUGCUGGAGUUGUUUGGUCAAGUAGUAACUCGCUGCAACUGACAGUACAUUCGAGAAAUGACAAGGGUGUGUCGGAGAGGAUUAUGCUACAAGCACUUGCAUAUCAAGACCCUGAAAGAAGAACUGAUGGCGUGCACAGUACAAUGGCGGGGGUUUCGCAAGGUGCUUUCUGGAUGAUCGUAUCCAUGUUUUUCUUCUGUGCAAGCUCUGCAGCCUUUAUAGGUUACUUCCUCAAAAAAAGAAGGAAGAGUACUCCGAACAAGCAGCAGUCGGCGGCACUCCAGUUGAACGCAGGGGAUGGACAAUACGUCGUCGCUUACACGCUCAAACCUUCCAAACAACAGCAACCAGAUAUAUUAAAUCCACCAACAGAUGCCUGUCCUCGAAACGGGAGUGGAGUGGAUGCUGUCAAAAAUGGGACUCUUCACAUGAAUGAUGAGUGGGCUAGUGAGCGAAGUUCCAACUCACAGGAACAACGAAAUUCGCUGUCAUCUCCGAAAAGUACAUCGAGCAGAGCCUUCAGCACAGCGACAUUAAGCAGACGGGAGCAUCUCAUAGCUGAAGAGAUUCCCGGACCAGAGAGUUGUGUAUAGACCUAGAAGUAGUUCAAAAAAAAUGUAUAGAUAUUGUAUGUAAUGACUGUGAAAAUUG